UCUGCACUUAACAUUAUGUAGUCUAUUUGACCCCAUAUUUGCUACUCAGUAGUAUAGACACAUAAACCAGAGGAUUUUCGAAUUGUAACAUUUUGCGUAAUCAUGAGUAGCUUUAGAUUUAUGCUGACGUUAUGCAAUUACAGCCGUAGGAUCAUUCGAAUCAAUGCUCAGCCAGUCACUUCCAAGAGGAAUCUUUUCGACAGGUCGCGACGGGUCUUACUCAAACGUGAGGAUGUUAAACUUAUUAAUGUGAGUGGACAGUGCAGUUCUGCUGCUGCACAGACAGAGAAAGACUCCUUUCUAAAAUGGUUCCUGCUACUAAUCCCUGCAACCACCUUAAGUCUUGGAACAUGGCAGGUGAAACGCAGGCAGUGGAAGAUGAAGCUAAUCGAAGAUCUCCGCAAUUUAACGACCGCGGAUCCUGUUCCGCUGCCUGCUGAUCCAAUGUCGGUGAGGAAUCUGGAGUACAGGCGUGUGAAGGUGCGCGGGAGCUUCGAUCACUCCCGGGAGUUAUACAUUUUGCCGCGCUCCCCGGUGGACCCAGAGAGAGAAAGCCGCGAGGCAGGCAGGCUGUCCUCCACCGUGGAAAGUGGCGCUAACGUCAUCACACCAUUCAACUGCUCAGAUCUGGGGAUUACUAUUUUGGUGAACAGAGGUUAUGUCCCCAAAAAUAAAAUUAGACCAGAAACUCGAAUGAAGGGUCAGGUGAAAGAAGAAGUGGACCUGGUGGGUGUUGUGCGUCUGACAGAGCAACGCAAGCCUUUUGUCCCUCAGAACGACGAGGAGGCGAACCGAUGGCACUACCGUGACUUGGAGGCCAUGGCCAAAGCUGCUGGUGCUGUGGAGAUCUUCAUUGAUGCUGUGCUUGAGAGCACAAUACCAGGUGGACCACUAGGAGGCCAGACAAGAGUAUCAAUGCGGAACGAACACAUGCAGUACAUCAUCACUUGGUAUGGACUAUGUGCUGCUACUUCAUACAUGUGGUAUGUCAAGUUCAUCAAGCACCUUAGUCUGUGAAAAACUGAGCAGUGUGACCUGGCAAUGGUCUCAUGCAGCAUAAGGUGUAUAAAAACCUGUGAAUACAAGUCUAAGCUGGAGCUUUUUAAAGUCAAUCUAGCUUUGUGGCUUUAUGAAAUCUGUGCUGACAGAAGACUGAAAUAUACAUUUACAUUUUCCCCCUUAUGGUGAAUUUAGUACUUCAGGGACUCUUAUAUGAAAUGUACUUGCAAUGCUUAAGAUGUGCUCCUUCAAGAUCUUUCAGUGUAACAUUUUAGUUUGCUGUAUAACGGUGUAAUUAAAUCUCUUAAUAGUACCAGAUGCAUCACUGUUACUCAACUAUCAACAGGCCAUUAGUACAAUAUACCUACCUCAGGGUUUAUUACCAUCAAAACAGUAGAUUUGGCUCUGUAGAUCUGUACCAGCUAACAUUCAGCAUUGCAUAAUAGACCAGACUUGCUGUGAUGCCUUUGGGCCAAACUGUUCACACUAGAAUGAUCUGCGUACAUUCAGAAGUUUGAGGGACUUAUUUCCCUAGGCUGCUUUUCCUAUUGUUGAAUUUUCUUGUCAUCUUUUUUCCAUCUAUUGCUAAAAUGAUCAAAUUAAUUGA